UCCCCAAUUCCGGCCACUUCUUCGUCGACCCCAUUGAACGCCAACACGAAUGAGGGCUCGAGUCCUCUGAAGAGGCUCUACCCGUUCAUCGAUGAGUCAGAACUGCCGAAGUCGUGGUCAUCGAAAGAUAAGGCGAACUUCAUAACGCUGUCGGAGAAUAACCUCAAAGUCCACUACAAAGGCGUCGGCAAAGGACACAAAGACGCGGCGGCCGUUCGCGCCACUCAUCCCAUUCCCAGCGGAUGUCUCCUCUAUUACUACGAAAUCAAAAUCAUUAGCAAAGGAAGGGAUGGCUAUAUGGGCAUAGGGUUGGCCGCACAGGGCGUUAAUAUGCAACGACUGCCCGGUUGGGACAAACAGUCCUAUGGAUACCAUGGAGACGACGGCCACUCAUUCAACAGCAGCGGAACGGGUCAGCCGUACGGCCCGACGUUCACCACCGGAGACAUAAUCGGUUGCGGAUAUAAUUUGAUUUCCGGGAACUGUUUCUACACUAAGAAUGGCCUCAAUCUCGGCGUCGCGUUUCCCGAUCUGCCCAACGUUCCGCUCUAUCCGACGGUCGGCCUCCAGACGCCCGGCGAGGAAGUCGAGGCCAACUUCGGCUGCGAACCCUUCUGUUACGACAUCGAAGAAGACAUUAACGCUCUCAAGAAGCAAUUGACCGAAUCUAUUGUCGAAUUUCCCGUCAAAUACACCGAAUGGCAGACAACGAUCCACCGUUUGGUGCAGUCGUGGCUCAUCCACAACGGCUACUGCGGAACCGCUGAAGUGUUCAGCGAAGCCACUAAACUAGACUUCAAAGAGAAUGUCCAAUACAUUCGACAACGACUUCGUAUUCAACAGUUAGUUCUUAGCGGACGGAUAGGCGAAGCCAUUCAACUGACGAACCGUUUGUAUCCCAAUGUGUUAAAAGACAAUCCGAACCUCUUGUUCGCACUCAAGUGCCGACAGUUCGUCGAGUGGGUCAGCGGUAAUGAGUCGGACAAAGCGCCGAUCCCUAGCGCUAUGGCGGCCUCCUAUUCGCCCAACAGUUCCACGAAUGGUGUCAAUGACUGCAACGGCAACGCAAACGACGUCCAAAUGGAUGUCGACAUCAAUGACAAUACAAACGACACGAACAACUCGUACUCCGAAGAGCAAAGUGUUUGUGAGGAAAAUGAGGCCAAAAUCACGCGUCUGUUGGCGUUCGGCAAAGAACUGCACGCUUUGUCUCAACAACUGAAGCGACAGUUCGGCACAAAUGAGUACAACAAACAACUACUUCAGGACGCCUUCAGUCUCCUGGCAUACAGUGAUCCGUGGAAUUCGCCGGUGGGCUGGCAUCUCAACCCCAGUGAACGGGAGGGCGUGUGUCAGCAGCUGAACAACGCCAUCGUCAUGUCGGACGCC